CGGUCAAUUACAUUGCAAUCGCUCUCCCUUGGCCAUUUCUAAAUUGCUGCUUGACAUGGAUAUUGUGCCCGAUAUUCGCAAGAUAUUCGUGUGCGAAUUACCCCUAUAUAAUCCCGCGCUUCUCAAUGUUGUAUCGACGUGGCAGACAUAGAUCACAGCAUCAUUGCCCUCAUUACCCACCACAUCCUGCCGGUGAGAAUGAGUGAGAAUGUGGGUGUAGAGUGGGCUUCAAGUUUCCUAUUUUAUGCAGUGCCCUUUGCUCCUCCAGAACUCUGUCCUGUGAGAUGGUGUCUUUACCGCUUACUUUUGUGACCAUAUCCCCCAGGGUGAAGCACACUGCCACUGUCAUAUUCGCUCAUGGACUGGGAGAUAAUGGCCUGGAUUUCUCGAACCAUAAGGAGAUGCGUACGAUCGCAUCCCAGCUUCCGCACAUCAAGUGGGUGUUCCCUAGUGCGCCUGAGCGCUCCAUCACCGCGUGGAAAGGAGAUUCGAGGAGGCAAAGCUCAACCAGGGCCUGGCUCGACGUCUUGCGCGAGCCUUUGAUGUAUUCGUCGGAAUACGACGACAUUCAGGAGUACGAUGAGGGCAUUUUGCAAAGCGUCAAGCAUUUAGAUGCCUUUGUCCAAUCUGAGAUCGAUUCAGGAAUUUCAGAACGACGUAUCGUGCUUGGGGGAUUUGGCCAAGGGGGUGCGAUAUCCCUGAUCACAGGUUUGGGUGGCAGUCAGUGGAGGGACGCAUCCGACACAAAAGGUGGUUGGAAGUUGGGGGGAGUCAUAUCUCUGGGUGGUUGGCUUCCCAUGCGGGAAAAGUACAAAAAGCGGUUGUCCAUGCACGCAUCUACGAUACCCGUGUUCUGGGGUCAUGGAGUGCAGAAUGAAUCCGUGACCUGGGGUCUGAGCUGGGAGUCAGCCGAGUUCAUAGGAGAUAAACUCGAAGUCAGAUACGGUCAGUAUACGAAGGUGGGAGAGCCGGGUGUGAGCUUCAUGUCGUACGGCGUAGCACAUUGGAUGGCUGAAUCUGAGAUGGAAGAUCUGAGGUUGUUCUUGAAGAAGAUCCUUCCUUUGGAAGGAUAGGGGGGCGUCAAUCUGACUGUGUACUGGGCUUGUAGACAGACAUUUUUUUUCGCACCCUGUUAGAUUGAAAGCAAAUUCGAUCGACCUGGCAUUUAAGAUUGGACGAUAGUAACUCUCUUCAAGUGUAUUUCAUAUCAUGCCUCAUCAACCGGAUUCCAUGUUACCGCACCUUCUCCUCCUUGAUCAAGUGCAUCAAGUGCAUCCAUGUCAUCGUUAUCCAGCUCGAAGUUAAAAACUUGGGCGUUAGAUCUGAUGCGCUCUGGACGUGAAGAUUUUGGAAGGGGGAUAUAUCUGAAGGACUUCU